AUGGCUGAGGCCAUCGGACUUGGAGCGAGCGUUGUCACACUCGUUCAGCUCACCGCACAGCUAGCCGCUGUAAGCUUCAAAUAUAUUGGUGGGGUAAAGCAAGCUCGCGACGAAAUUCAAAAAUUGGUGUAUGAGAUCCGAUCGCUCUCUACCGUCUUCGCCAACUUAGAGGUCUGCAUACAAGACGGUUCCGGAUCCACACAGCUGAAGGAACUCGAAGACUCGCUGCAGAAGUGCACCUUGGAGAUAAAGAAUUUCGUGGAAAAACUAGAGCCUACAGGGUGGUCCGCAAAGAAGAUGAUUUCACUUACUUGGCCUUUUAAAGUGAAGGAAACGUUAGACUUCGUUUUACCCAUGGAAAGAUACAAGCUUCUGUUCUUACUUAUGUUGAAAACUAUCGAAACAAAAAAGAAAGAAGAAAACAGGUCUCGGUCAAAACUUAUCGAAGCAAAUGUUCAAAUAGUUGGCGCCCAUGUCCAAGAUAUCAAAAACGAUGUACAAGAGAUGAACACUCGCGUGGAAUACAUCAAAGAUGGAGUCCAAGAUGUCAAAUAUACUACAGGAAACAUUGAGAACAAUGUUCAAGACGUCAAGAAUAACAUUAAAGACCUGAUGACAGAGUCCGAGAGACAAAGUGAUGAUAAAAGACGUACCGAAGCUCUUAAUUGGCUAUAUCCUGGGACAUGUAACGAAAGACACCUGGAGAUUAGUAGGAGAAGGAAAAAAGACACCGGCCUAUGGAUCUUUGACACGCCAGAAGUCCAAGACUGGGUUGAAAACACAUUGCCAAAAUCCCAACUCAUAGGGGAUAUGGUAUUCCGGGUGCUGGGAAAACCUUCUUAA